AUGCUGUUGAAUCUGGUCUGUUACGCGUUGUUGGCGAAAAUCAUUUACGAUCUCGUCCUUGCCUUGUAUCGAAUUACCCUCCAUCCACUGUCAAGGUUCCCAGGAUCAAAGCUUGCUUCAUCGACAUAUUGGCAUGAGACGUAUUACGAUGUCUUCAAGGGGCAUUCGUAUAUCUGGAAGAUCAAGGAGAUGCACGAGAAAUACGGGCCCGUGAUUCGCACUAACCCUGAUGAUGUCCAUAUUCAUGAUCCGGAAUUCUUCGAUACGCUUUAUGGGCUGAAAUUGGACAAGUGGGCUUGGUGGACGAGAGGUUUUGCUGUGCCGACUGCAGGAGGGAUGACAGUCGAACAUGAGGUUCACCGCAAGCGUCGAGGGGCGCUGAAUCCUUUUUUCUCCAAGGCAUCCAUCGUCGCGAAUCUGCCUAUACUCCAAGAGAAACUCGCAGUCAUGUGCUCGCGCCUGGAUAAGAUCGCUGGAAGUCGCGAAGUUCUUGAUUUGGAAGCGGUGUACCUUGCCCUCACGACAGAUGUCUUGACGCAGUGCUCGUACGGAUGGUCGUAUGACUACAUCCAUGCCGACGAAUGGGCGAUGACGUGGAAACUUGUCAACACCGGAGGCCGGGCAUCAGCCUCCAUCGUCCGCUCAUUCCCACUUAUCGGAACCAUUGUGCGCUCAAUGCCACUUUGGUUGGCAAUAAAGCUUGUGCCGCCCGUGGGCUUUAUGAAGUCAUGGAUGCAGCGCGUUGGGAUCCAGGUGAAGAAAAUAAAAUCCGAUCCCGAGGUGAUGCACCAGAUCAAGGUCGAGAAACGGAGGAAGGAUACCAUUUUCGCACAGAUCUUGUCCAGUGACCUACCCGAAAGCGAAUUGAGCGACCAACGGCUGAUCGAUGAGGGAGUACUCAUUGCCACAGCGGGAUCAGAGACGACAGCCUGGGCGAUUACCAUUACCACGUACCAUCUCAUGAGGAAUCCCACGGUGUUGAAAAGGUUACGAAAAGAGUUGGCCACGGUAGAAAUCCCGAAGGGCAAUCCGGUCGCACCUUGGACAUCACUUGAGCAUUUGCCGUAUCUGACCGCUGUCAUCAAAGAAGGAGUCCGACUCGCAGGAGGAAUGCUGUCUCGACUACCGCGGAUCUACGAUCAGCCGAUACAGUACAAGCAAUGGACCAUCCCGGCCGGUACUCCCAUUGCCAUGACACCACAUCUGGUCUCGAUCGAUGAGAAUAUUUUCCCCGAACCACGGAAGUUCAUUCCGGAGCGAUGGCUUGAUCAGCUAGAUGAAGGUCGCACCACUUCGAACCUCGACAAGUAUAUCGUAUCAUUCGGCAAAGGCUCGCGUAAUUGUAUCGGCAUGCAUCUCGCAUACGCGCAAUUGUAUAUGUGCAUCGUGGCGAUGGUACAACGAUACAACCUCGAGAUGUAUGAGACAGAUGAUUCCGAUGUGACGCCAUUGAGAGAUCUGUUCACAGCUGGCGUGAAAUUGGAUAGCCAGGGCAUUCGAGUGAUUGUCCAUGAUAAGGAUGAGAAGAUCUGA